AUGGCGUCCGCCCAGCACACGACCUCGUCGACGCAGCGCAGCAUCGUCGUGCAAAAGACGAUCCGCAAGCACAUGCAGGCCGAGCACGCGUUCAACGCCAAGACGAAAGACGGCAGCAUUCCUCUCGUGCUCGUUCCAAAGUACCCGCUCUUGUGCGACACCUUUGUACGCAUUCCAUCGGGCAUGUGGGUCCUCUAUCAAAAAUGGAACUCGCACGCGGGGAUUCUCGAGCCGGGUCUCAAGAUGUUUUGGCCCGCGUACUACCGCGUCUCGCACAUUGUCACCAAGCACGCGGUCACGUACUCGGCGCCGGUCAAGCGCUGCGCAACGUCCGACAACGUCAUGGUCGACAUUGAUAUUUCGAUCAAUUUUCAAGUGGGCCCGACCGCCGACGACGCCGUCAAGUUUGUCUACAUGCUCGGCGCGCAGCGCUUCAACGAGCUCAUUUCGCAGAUCACCGAGGAGGCGAUCCGCGGUCUCGUGCACUCGGUGCGGCACGACCAAGUCCACGACCUCCGCGAAGAGUUUGCAAGCGGCAUGAAGAAGGACCUGAACCAAAAGGUCUGCGCCUACGGCGUCAUUGUGCACAACGUCAAGGUCACCAACGUCGAGCUGCCAGUCCGGCUCUCGACAACGCUCGAGCACACGACCGCGUUCAAGACCAAGAUGGAGGAGCAAGAGAAGAAGCAAGAGAACGACAUGCGCAUUUUGAUCAACGAAGAAACGCAGCUUCUGACCGCGAUUCAGAAAGAGAACGACCGAAAAGUCAAGGACCUCAUUGCGCUCCAAGAGCGGGAGCUCAUUCGCCGCCAAAAGCUCCGAUUCGACGCCGAAGCCAAGAUGGAGGUGCUCUGCAUCGACCAGCGCUCGAUCUGUGACGCCCAAGUCCUCCGUGCGGCCGGCCAAAAGGACAUUGCGGCCGCGUCGGCGUCGACGGCCGCCACGAAAAUGCGCAACGAUGCGAUGGUGCUGCUCGUCAAGACACAGCGCGAGUACGAACAGACGAUCAAGGCCGAGGAGAUCCGGCAGCAGGCUCGCAUUGACGCCGCGCUCAAGGCGGCCGAAGGCCUCACGGCCGCGGCCAACACUGAAGGCAAAGCCGCCAAGCUCCUCGCGCUCAAACGUGAAUUCGACUACCAGACCAAGAAGAACGCCGUCGAGAUCGACCUCGUGGCCAAGACAAAGAUGGUCAUUUCGGGCGAGAACGGCGAGGCACUCUUGCAGCGCAUCUGCGACCAGGCGCGCGCCUCGGCCUAAUACGACAUACUAGUGUCGUCGCACGGUCGAAGUGCCUCGAUAUUCGUGUUGCAAUGUACAAGUACGAUCUAAAACAAUAAAAAAGGAAUGCA